CCCCUGCUCCGCCGGUGCCUCUCCUGUGUCCCCGCCGCCUGUGGGACCCUCGCUGCCAUCGGUACCACCGUGCCUGAAGCCGCUCCGGGGCGUUCCCGUGCCCGUGUGUCGCGGAAGGGAGCCGGAACUGCCCCCCGGGCCCUGCCCCCGGCCCCACAUGGACCUCCCGGCGGAGGAUGGGGCUGAGGCACGCCAGGAGGGGAGCCCCGAGGCUGAGGAGCCCGAGGGGCCGCAGCGCCCGGCGGGGCAGUGGUCGGGGGCCGAGGUGGGCCGGUGGCUGGCGGCGCACGGCGGGGCCGCGGGGCUGGCGGAGCUGGCUCUGGAGCACGCCCUGACGGGCCGAGCGCUGCUGCGCCUGACCGAGGGGUCCCUGCGGCGCAUGGGGGUCACCCCGCGGAGCCGGCGGCGGGAGCUGCUGCGGGAGCUGCUGCGGCUGCGGCUGCAGCAGGAGGUGCGGGAGCUGCGGAGCAUCGCCGGCGAGUGAAGAUGACGUCCCUGUGGAUGUCCCAGAGCCUGUGGGAGCAGAGGAGAUGGCAUGUGAGGACAAAGCAGCUGGGACUGAGCAACACAUGCAGGAACAGUGCUGGAGGAGCCCCGAGGCCACUGUGACCCCCCAAAAAAAUCCAGAGCCUGCCUGCCGCGGGAAUUGAUAAGGACAGCAGAACCUUAGAAGCAAAAUUUGAUCCACGAGGCUGGGCAGUUACCCCAAGCAGGCAGAAAGCAGACCCAGAACUGAUCUCGUGUGAAAUAGGGGGUAACAAAUACAAAGACACUCAUUGAAGUGCUGAAAAACUUUUGAAACGUUUGCAAAAAUCUACAGUUGGGUCUAAACCGGCUCAGAUUGGGCAACCAAGAAUCCAGCAAAGUGUAGUUUGUUAAAGAAACGGCCCUAGUAAGGCUAACAAAAUAGUGCUGGGAGCCACAAAACCUGGAAAUGUUCUGGGUGAACAUUGGCAGAUUGAUUUUGCUGAAUUGCCCUGACAAGGUGGGGUAUAAAUCCAGAGCUGUAAAGUUCUGGUGGAUACCUUUUCUGGGUGACCAAAAACCUUCCCUUGUCACACCAACCAGGUUAGGGAAGUGACUGAAGUACCGUCAAAUCAAAUAAAACACAAAAAAAAAAAUCAUAAAUGCAGUAAGUAAAACAAAUUGGGGGUACCUUUGGGAAUGUCAUCAGAUUCCCACGUUAUUGCAGAAGUGAAACAACAACUUAGGAAAGCCUUGGGAAUAGCUUGGGAUCUUCACACUCCUCAUAGGCCCCAGGCUAGUGGCAAAGUGGAGCAAGCGAAUUGUACAAUCCAAUUGCAAUCGGGUGAAAUACGUCAGGAAAGCUCCUUGGCCUGGGUCCAAGCCUUACCUGUUGCUCCACCUCAAAGCAGAAUUCAGCUGUGGGGCACCAGCAAAAUCAGCCCCUGUCAGCUGCUCUGUGGUCGACCCUACCGAGUGCCACACUCCAGGAAACACACAUGUUGAAAGGAGGGGUUGAUUUCAGUAAUUACCUCAUUUCUCUCAGUAAAACAUUUCAGGAUUUGCAGUGGUUGGACACAGCAGGGCACGAGUUCCAGCCAGGAGGUUGGGUCUGUCUGAAUGACUGGGGAACUGCUCCACCCCAACCAAAGUGGAAGGGACCUUUCCAAGCACUGCUGACAACUUUUACUGUGUUGAAACUGCACAAAGUAAAAUUUUGGAUACCUUGUUCCAGAAUUGAAAGGGCCUAAGCCGCUUGGGAAGAAGUCAAGAGCUUGUCACAAGCUGUUUCCCAAAAGCAAAUGGCACUAGCCCUUGUUUUAGCAUCACAAGGAGGAAUAUGGACUGUGAUUAACUCCAGUUGCUGUGUGUUCACUGCUCAAAAGACACUGUAGAGUGUCUACAGCUGUCCAGGAAAUCUGGGAACAAGCCCAAAUUUUACAAUCCACAGCUCAAGACACCACCUCCUGGGCAUUUGGAGAAAUCUGGGCCAUGGGUACCCAGCUGGGCUUGGUGAAACAUCUGUUUGUAAUCACCACCUUAAUAAUUGCUGCAUGGUUUUAGCCAGCAUCAAGAUUCAGUGUUGCAGCUGUUUUAAUGCCUUACACUCUGAA